AUGUCAAUUUGUUCAUAUUCUUUAUCAACUAAACCUAUUUUUCGAUUUAUUCAAUCCAACUCACAAUCAUUAACAGCUUUUGUACACACUGAUGGCACAAUAGAAGUGCACUCAACAAAGACAACUUGUAAUUUUACACCGUUGAGAAUUGAUGACGAUCCAACACAUUUGUUGUUAUUGGAUAUUCCAACAAAUAGUCUAAAUGAACCGAUCAUAAACUUGGUCAUAACAUUCUAUGUCCAGUCAAAAGAAAAAAAUAGUAAUUUUGAUUUAAAGGCUUAUGAAUUUCUGCCAACUACUGAUAAUAAUAAUAACACUGCCAAUAAUAACAAUAUUGUUAACAACAUCCAUAGUAAUUUAUUAUCUACAUCUACUACAUCUACUAACACCACCACUAAUAAUAAUAAUGGUGGAGUUGGAUUAAAUGGUGUUGGCAAUAACAAUUAUACAGAAUUUAAUUUGAUUCCUAUUGCAUUACAAGUUGGUGAUGAAAGAUUUUUAAAAGAUUUUAAAAGUUCUUCUAAAUACAA